GGAGGAGGAGGGAAGGAAGUUGGAUGCACUGUGAGACGCUGUCGGCAGCAGAGCGGCGGAGUCCUGUGUCAAACCUGCCAGAGGAACAUGUUCUGCGAAGGAAAAGGCUGGAACAUGAGCACAUAAAGGGACGGAGACGCUCCAAAGUGGGGGAAUCUUGAUCAGCCGUGAAGACGCACAGCUGUAGAGUGAGGGUCUGUGGAUCAGAUAUUAGCUGUUCCUGAUUACAAAAUCACAUCUGGCCUCAUGCUGCGUUCAGUAAAGACAGAACAGCGCCGGACGAAAGGCUUUCUCCACACUGCCUGCUGCCCCCAUGACAACAACCCCGAGUGAGGGUUCAAACGGAGCUGUUGUUUCAUUCGUCACCUAAUUAUCUAUCUGAAGAUGUGGGCAUUAAUGGGAGCGAUCUAUCUGUGUCACUGCGUCACCGGGCAGCUGCUUGAGUCCAAGCUGAAAGGAGCGCCUCGACUGAUCUGCAGCGUCCCAGGGUCGCCUGGCCCGCCCGGCAAACCGGGUCCCAGCGGGCCGCAGGGAGCCGAUGGGAAUGUCGGAAUUCCAGGAAGAGACGGCAGAGACGGCCGAAAGGGGGAAAAGGGAGAAAAGGGCGAUAUAGGGGUGAAGGGCAGAGUUGGCCUGACGGGGAAAAUUGGAGAGCGAGGUGAACGCGGCCCCGCGGGAAAACGAGGCCCCGCGGGAGACAACGGAGAUGCAGGGCCUCCUGGCCCUGCAGGUCACGAAGGAGAUAAAGGCGAUAAGGGCGAGCAGGGACCCCGUGGAACUGCAGGAACGUGCAAAUGUGGCAGCCUGCUACCCAAAUCUGCCUUCUCGGUGGGAAUCACCAACAGCUACCCCACAGAGAAGACCCCCAUCAAGUUCAACAAGGUCCUCUUCAAUGAAGGCGGACACUACAACCCCCAGACGGGGAAAUUCAUCUGUGCAUACCCAGGCGUCUAUUAUUUCUCCUAUGAUAUUACACUGGCCAACAAACACCUGGCCAUCAGUCUGGUGCAGAACGGUCAGUACCGCAUUAAGACCUUCGACGCCAACACAGGAAACCACGACGUGGCGUCUGGUUCCACCGUCAUGUUCCUGAACCCUGAAGACGAGGUGUGGAUGGAGAUCUUCUACAGUGAUCAGAACGGUUUAUUCACGGACCCCAGCUGGGCUGACAGCCUGUUCUCUGGGUUCCUGCUCUACGCAGACACAAACUACUUUGAUACACUGGCAGCCGACUACGGGUAGAAAACCCGGAGAACAAGGCAGAACCACAAACUGUUUGCUACUGCUAUUAUCACUCAAUCAGAGCACUUUUGGUGUGAACAAACUAUGUAUAUUGUUUUAUUUACAUGUUUGUACUACUAUGGGAUUAGCGAAGUAUUCAUUUAACAUUGCAGAAAUCUGAUGAAGCUUAAGGUGAUUUAUUUGAUUCUGGUGAAAAAUUGAUUUAAAUAAAAAUUCCAAAUAA